AUGGGACUUGAUCACAAGUCUCCCCCUAAGGAGGAGCAGCUUAGUGAAGUUAAGGGCAUUGUUAUAACUCCACUUCUGCUUCUGCUUUUUAUUGUCCGAAGAUACAUCAAGGACUGGCUUGAAAGGAAGAAGCCUCCAUUUGGCGCUAUCAGCAGCUGCGUGCUCCUGAUGAUCAUCUACACAACAUUCUGUGAUACUUUCGCCAAUCCAAAUAUUGACCUUGAUAAAUUUAGCUUGAUUAUCAUAGUGUUCAUAAUAUUUUCAGUUCAGAUGAGCUUCAUGUUUUUGACUUUCCUCUUCUCUACAAGGAGUAACUCUAGUUUCACACCAGCAGACACAGUGGCCAUCAUUUUCUGUUCCACACACAAAUCCCUCACCCUGGGGAUUCCAAUGCUGAAGAUAGUAUUUGCAGGUUAUGAGCACCUGUCCUUAAUUUCCGUCCCCUUACUCAUCUAUCAUCCUGCGCAGAUUCUUCUUGGCAGUCUGUUGGUACCGACAAUAAAAUCUUGGAUGGUUUCUAGGCAAAAGGCACUGAAGUUAACCAGGCAGCCCAAAGCACCGGUGAAGGUAUAAUUGUGGAGAUGGCCUGUGUCACAGUGAAUGUAUAUAUGUACUAUACUGUACACACAGACAAUUGAGACAACUGGGUAUUUGUGAAUGUUGCUUCAGUGCAUAUUUUAUUUUUAUAUAUAUAUAUAUAUUAAAAAGAUACCUGUUAAGUGCCUUACAGAUGCAUUUUUGGCAAAAGCGUUGUUUCCAGAAGCCACUUUGUUGGUUACUGCAAGAGGUUGUACAGUAUUUUGGAGUUCUUUAAUUUUUAUUUUUCUAACCAAGUGAACGGUCGUGACCAGCAGCUGUUUCUUCCCUUGCCCCUACUUUGAAGCCAGGGUGCACCAGCUGUAAGUCUCUGUUUUAAAUGAGCCAAAAUGACCAGAAGACUAUCCCACUGCUGGCUUACCCUGAGGAAGAGCUUUCUGAAGGUUUUUUUCUCCAAGAUUGACUUGAAUUUCUGUGUGACUCUAUUACACUCCCUAGUCAUAUGACUGUGACAUGCCUUUUUCUUCUGAGUUUGUGUAUACUCAGCAUGGGGCCAUCCAUUGGAUAGAAGCUGAGAAGCAUGAAUUAUUUGCAUUUGUUGACACAGUUGUCUAGACAUUCCUUCAAAGUUAAUGGUUUCUCAAGAAAAUUCUUUCAAUUCCAUUGUAUGAUAUUGUGCCAUUGUAUAUCUUAAAUGCCUCAUAAGCUGCUUCAAAGAAAUGGUCUGGUGCUUGGGUUAUGAGUGAAGUAUUUGUGUUUGCAGCUAGGAGAUCUUUCAUAAUUUACCCCUGAAGAACACAAAUUUUUGUUUUUCUUUUUUCUUUUCUCUUUUCUUUCCCCCUGUGCAACACACAGAGAUCUGCAGUGACAGAAUUUAGGAUGCUAAUAUCGAAACAGAGCCUUUAUUGUAGUAAGCCAAGCUAUGUUUUCUAUAUUGCUGUAUUUGUAAGGAAUAAUAGCUUGUGAGGACAAGAAAGUUGACUUUUUUUUUUUUUUGCCAAUUAAAAAGAUCCUUAUAGUAGCAGAAACGCUAUCUUAGCUAAUUUGACAAUCAGUCACAACUUUUUUAAAAAUAAAAUGUUACUCUUUUUAGUAAACUUAUAUAAAAAAUAAUACAAAAUACUAUUUCUAAGAGGAGUGUUGAAGAGAAAAGAACACAGGCCUGUAUUUAAACAUAGAGCCAGCACUGCAUCUUGUCUG